UAGAGGCAGCAAAGGGGGAGGAGUCGGUAGCGGCUGGAAGCUGGGGAGUCUGUCCGUUGGAGGAAGAUGUCUUCCCGAGGACACAUUGGGGAUCCUGAGUUUCUGACCAAAAGGAUUCCACAGAACCCAAAGUAUCAGCAUGUCAAGACGAGACUUGACACUGUGGACGAUUCAGAGUUAAACUCAAGAGGUUAUGAAUUCCGUGAUGUCAACUCCUGUCUUCAACAAAAUUAUCUACUCCCGAAAUCUUCAAAGACCUCAGUCUUCCUCCUGGGUAGCAGUAUGACUAAAUAUACUCAGAAACUAGAAGAGAUUAAAAAAAAUUAUAGAUACAAAAAAGAUGAGCUUUUCAAGAGACUGAAAGUUACAACUUUUGCCCAGUUGGUCAUCCAAGUUGCUUCCUUGUCUGAUCAAACGCUAGAAGUGACAGCAGAAGAGAUUCAAAGACUAGAAGAUCAUAAUUCUGCCCUCGCUAUUCCUAAUGCUGAAGACAAGACCAAUGGGAAAGGCAGUCCCACUGAGAAGUCACCCAGCCCCAUCCAGUUCAUCAGCAAUGCAGGAACUGGGGAAUUGAGCCGCUCAACGCUGCAGAGCGUCAUCAGUGGUGUUGGAGAACUGGACCUAGACAAAGAGUCACUGAAGAAAACAGAGCCCAACUCUAAAGACAAACCUUAUCCCGAUUGUCCCUUCCUGCUGCUAGAUGUCCGAGAUAGAGAUUCUUACAAUCAGUGCCAUAUUGUUGGAGCUUACAGUUAUCCAAUUGCCACCUUGUCUAGAACCAUGAACCCUUAUUCAAAUGAUAUUCUUGAGUAUAAAAAUGCCCACGGCAAGAUUAUCAUCCUCUACGAUGAUGACGAGAGGUUGGCCAGCCAAGCAGCCACCACCAUGUGCGAACGAGGAUUUGAGAACCUCUUCAUGCUCUCUGGAGGUCUGAAAGUCCUAGCCCAGAAAUUCCCCGAGGGACUGAUCACUGGGUCAUUGCCACCGAACUGCCAGCAAGCACCAACUCCUGGGUCUGCCCGAAAGCGAUCCAGCCCCAAAGUGCCGACUCUGUAUGCUGAGAACAAGUGGAGAUUUACCCCAGAAGAUCUAAAAAAGAUAGAAUAUUAUCUAGAAGAAGAGCAAGUUCCCCUGGAAACCCCUGGCCGACUGAGCCGUGGCAACUCCUCUGUGAGGGAUCUCAAGGUCACAGGGGGCAGUUCCUCUGGAAGGGAUGCCAAGGUUACGAGUGUCCGCAGCAGUCAGAGCCUGUCUUCCGGGAACACGGUCAGCAAUCUGAACCCCCGCUCGCUUAGCAGCGGCUACCUUCAGAACAAACCCUGGAAGUAAAGACCUUGUCUAAUAAAUUAUUUCCUGUUCAUGGGAACCCCUAAGCACUUCCCAAGUUGGUAAUUUUCACAAACUUCUUCAGACGACAGACAGUGACACGUGUAAUGGAGACCUCCUCGGAGAGGACUGUUAACAGAUGACCCUUGAAAAAAAUAGAGAUGCGUGACAGGCUCUAGUCCCUUCCCUGCUGUUUACAGAGUAUUGAAGUCAUCAACUCAGAUAGGAAAAGAACUCUCUUUAGUGUCUUUUGUCUUCGGUGUGCUCCAGUCUGUUUAUCUGUAUCCCUGGUUUCCCCUCAUAUUGUAAAUACUUCAUUCACAUCUGCUGGUUGGUGACUCCCAACUAUAUUCUCUUGCCAUUUACUGUUCUUGAUUUUAUGAAGGAAUCUUCAACCAAGCUUUCAAGAUGACUUCUUUAGGAGUUAUCCCAGGAGCUCCUGGUGAUUCUUAGAGUACAUCCUGCCAGCCACCUCCACACCAGAUGUUGACCCGCUUCCUUGCAAGCUACCUUUUCAUCACAGGAUGCAGGUCCUGCCAUGGAUCUGGGGGCUGGUGGCUAUGGGUAUUGAUUUGCCCAAACAUUUGAGGACAUAGUGGAAUAGCCCCCUAAAACUCCCUAGGACUUGUCUCUUCAUUACAUUUUUCUGGAGCGGACGUUGGUGAUGAUUCUCAGUCAUCAUAGCACAGAGGAGUUGUUACUGCAUGAGAACCCAAAUGCUUUAUUGGGUUUAAAUGGCAGUCUCCUACUAGACUCGUUCAUGUUAGUGCAGUAGAAAAUAGGGCUGCUUGAAAUCAUCACCAGCUUCUGGCUGAGGAGGGAAGGGUUAUAUUUCUUUGUCAGAGUCUCCGGCUCCUUGGUCUUUGCUUGCAUCCUAUGUGCCCCCUUUUGCAUCCUGCUUCCUGCCCCAAAUAUACAGUAUUAGUUGAAUUGUAUAAUCUGUCCAAUUUCUCCCUAAUUUCUCACUUCCAUCGUUGAGCUCUGACUGUGGAGUUAUGAGAGUAUUGGUUCUGGCUUAGGCUGGAAUUUUAAUUCAAUAUUAACUGAAUUGCUAGGUAGCUGACUAAUCAGUUUUUUUUUAGCCUGUCAAGAAGACUUUGGGGUAAAGGUAAGGGAUUCUGAAAUGUAAUCUUUAGCGUUGAUAUAGAAAUAAUUGUCAUGGCAAUGUGAUUUUUCAAAAUCCAAAUGAAAAAUUGUCUUCCUUUCCUUGCUUUGCCUUGACCCUCUGUUUUUUUCUCUUCACAGUAAAGUUCCCCAGGGACACAGCCCUCGAGGGUAAGAGGAUCAAAUGAACAGUUAGACAGUAUUUCAGAGAGGCCUAUGAGAAAACAGCUUAUCUGAAUUAGAAUCUGCUAAAAUGUCACCCUUUGUUUUCAUUUCUUAAAUAUAGCAUUUUCCUGGAUUUAGGAAUCAGAAAAUCUAAGACAUUAUGAAGAAGGCGGGGUCAAGCCAUGCUUGAGAAAAUGUUCAAGAAUUGUCUUAUUAAAAUUCAGCCAAUAUUUUGCUAGAAACUUCUUGCCUAAGACCCUCGAUAGGCCUUUCAGCUGAUGCCAAAAUGCUACAGUGUUUAUUUCUUCUUUAAGGCACAGGUAGAAAAAGGCAUUUUUUUUUUUAGCCCUACGUACUCUUGAGAAAAUUGUCUUACCCAAGCAUUGACAAAAUUUUCAGCCAUUUAACAUAAUUUUUAAGAAAAAAAAAAUCUAUUUUGCUGCAGAACAAAACCCUCACUACUCUACCAUUUGAGAGUGGCCAGUCAGGAGCUCUCCUUAUCUUCCUGCCCACAUUUUGAAAGUCAAUCAGUGUAUUCCUGUCACAGUUUUCCCCUUUGUUCUCAUUUGCUCCCAUAACCACAUGACACUAGAUUAUUAGAGACUUUAUUAUCUGUACAUAUUUUUAUAGUAGGUCAACUGAACCUUUUAAGUUUGUUGCAUGUUUUAAAUUUCGGAGGUAUUUGCAGAGUUGAAUGUAUUUAAUAAAUAUUUUUGCAUAGGUGUAAUAGUACUCUGGUUCUCUUGGUAGGGCUUUUAAAUUAACUGGGCCUCAAAAGAUCUGUGCUGAUUUUGCACCUUAAAUGUUUCUGUCAGACAUUCUGAAUAAGUUUUCAUUUUAUGUUCCAGCUGUUUUUAAUGUUUUCCCUUUAAUAGUUUCUCAUUAGCUUAUUGGUGUGCUGUAUUAUUGUUCAAUUGAUCAAUGAUAUCUGUGUGAUUAAGAUUAUUUGAAGAUUAAAGUACAAUGCACAGCAAUUAA